AUGGCAGACGAAGUAUCACUGUCGAUUGAGGAGACGAAUCGGCUACGCAUCUCGCUUGGCCUGCCACCACUGGAAGUUGGGCCGCAAGACGCAAAGCCGAAGGAGCUGCAGGAGCGCAUCGAGAAAUCAAAGGCCGCCCGCAAGGAGCAGAAGCUCAAGGCGUCGACACGCACACUAGGCGAGGUCAGCGACGAUGACGACGAUAGCCUGAGCGCGAAUGCGAUGGAUCGAGCGCAACAGGCAGCGGCUGGCAGACUCGCAGAAGCCGCAGCGGAAAUCCCCCCAUGCCAAGCCCAAUGA